AUGCUUGUUCUGACUUCUCGGGCUCAAUAUGGUCAGGUGUUUUCUCCGACGAGAUAUAUUCAUAGCGCUCAGAAUAUCUUCAGAGCCCAUCUAGAAUUUGCACUACAGCUGGGACUGCGCAGCACACUUCGUGCUCCUUCAAGAUGUGGAUCAGCAGCAUCCAGAGGCAUUCUCAGCCGUCUCAAGCUUCACCUGGUACCUAAGCGGCAGGUCGAGCAGUGGACCUCAGCUGUGGUCGAGACUUUCACAACAUAUAGGGUACACGCUCAUCCGCGUGGAACCAUUAGCCCAGGCGAUGGGACAUUACUCCCCGAGAGACUCAACCAGACAGUCUCCAUAUUCAAUAUACAGAUCUUUCGCCGCACAUAA